UAGUAUAGACCAAAUGAAAACAUUCAUAUUCAUAAUACUUCCCAAAAGCGUGUUCUUAAAUUGACCUAUCCCAGCCCUGCGAACCAGACUGGCGCUAUUGGGUUCCGUUCAUGCUAUCAUGCCGUUAUCGUCAUCAUCUCAUCUCAUCUCAUCCAUCUCAUAUGAUCUCGUAUCAUCUGUUUUUCCACCUGGCUGCCACUGCGUUUUCUUCUUUCUUGGCUUGGUCGGUCGUGACAGGGUGGGAAUUGUCUUUCUUUCUUUCUUCCUCGGUGGAUUCUUCCUCACACUCUUCCUCCUCGCUUCCACGUGUAUGGUACGCUCAUACCAUACACCAUUCUCUUCUCUUCUCUGACUCGACUCUUUCACCUCGUCCCCUCUUACAUCUUCCUCUUCAACCCCUCGAAGGGAUCCCGGCGCGUGCAGCCGGCCCUUCCUUCUCCUCUUUUUUUGGUGUUUUUUCUUUUGUGUGCAUCACAUCUGUAAACAGCAUAGUCGCGACUAGACUAUUCCAGGCAUUGCCGCUGCUCGCUUGACGGGCACUCCGCAGUCACGCGGAUAGAGGUAAUAG